CCUGGAGCAUGGCCUUCCGACUCCCAACUCGGCUCCAAGUCCAUGUGCUCAUGCCUGACCAACAGUGCCAAUUCUAUGUCUCAGCUCUCCAAUGUUCUCCCAGGUGCUCUGGUGACACAACAAGGGUCGACCUCUCCACGGGCCCUGCACAUCCAGGACCGUCAGCUGUUUUGGCCACACUCCUGGACGGGUCUCACCGCUGUCGUCUUCCGAUGCGGAGGACGGAUAUAUGGAUCUGCAAUAGGCCCACGAUACAUAGAAUCAAUCUCUUUCAAUUUCCUCCCUGGAGACUCGAGCUCCCACCACAGGGACUUCUUUGCCAUAAGAUGGAAGCGAGAUAUUGAGUUCUGACCAUGAUGCCUCCCUCUUUCUUCCUGCUGUUCAUGCUGGCAGCAGUUCGCACCGCCGUCAAAUGUUACCCCAAACCCAGCGGCCCGGAAGAGGGAACCGCAGCCAGCUCUGUCAAGAGAAAUGAGACGUUCUACGAGAUGGCCACCACCAAUGCCAACUUUGCCUUCAGUCUGUACCGGCGGCUGGUUGCGGAAACACCGGACAGGAACAUCCUCUUCUCUCCAGUGAGCAUCUCCACCUCCCUGGCUGCGCUGUCCCUGGGGGCCCAGUCUGCUUCACCGACCCGGGUCCUAGAGGGUCUCCACUUCAACCUCAGCCGGAUCUCGGAGUGGGAGAUACGCGAGGGCUUCCAGCGCAUCGUCCACAUACUCCACCUGCCGACUGAGCAUUUGGAAUUGAGGAUGGGAAAUGCCCUCUUUGUCGACGAGCGGCUGAGACCACUUGUCAAAUCGGUCGAUGGUGCCAGGGAGGCGUUCGCGCCCGAGACGUUCCCAACGGACUUCACCAAUGCUUCGAAGGCGGUGAGGCAGAUCGACAGUCUGGUCGGGAAGCAGACAGAGGGGAAAAUCGUGGACCUGGUCAGAGAUCUCGCUGCAGAUACUUCUGCGGUUCUGGUGAGCUAUCUUGUCUUUAAAGCCAGGUGGAAGGAACCUUUCGAUCUAAUCGAGACCAGGCCAGGGGACUUUCUCUUGGGAGAGAAGAAGACUGUAGCAGUCCCGAUGAUGUCCCGAGAGGCAGUUUACCAUCGGCUCAUCGACGAGGAGCUGGCCUGUACCGCCCUUCAGCUGGACUACAGCCAACGUGCCCUGGCACUUCUGGUUCUGCCAGAAGAGGGCCAGAUGAAGCGGGUGGAGGAGGCUCUGUCGCCACGGACGUUGAGGAGGUGGAACAGAUUGCUCCGUAAAGGGAUGGUGAGAGUUUUUGUCCCCAGGUUUUCCAUCUCUGCCACCUAUGAGUUAGAAGACUUCUUACGCAAAAUGGGUUUCGGGGAUGCUUUUGGUACCAAGGCAGAUUUUCCAGAAAUAUCUGAGCAGUCGGACAUAAAGCUCUCAAAAGCGCUUCAUGGGGCUGUGCUAGGUUUCACUGAGAAAGGCACAGAGGCUGGGGCCACCACAGGGCCAAGCUCUGGACUCCGUUCUGACCCCAUCGGGGAUGUGCCCUGCAUGCGCUUUAAUCGACCCUUCCUGUUUAUGGUUUUGGAGAAGGACACCCGCAGCAUCCUCUUCCUGGGAAAGAUCACAAACCCCUCCGAAACCACCGCCCACCUUUCAUUACCACACUUGAAAUAAAGACAGUGGGCGUCCAGACAU